AUGGAACCAGAGAUUAUCCGAAUGUACUCUUCUUCCCCGCCACCUCUUGACAGUGUCGCAGAUGAUGAUGAAGAUGAAGAGUUUGGAGAGUUCGGAGGAUUCUCUGAAGUCAACAAUUCUGGAAUUGGAUUUGCGGAAUUUGAUACAGUUAAUUUUCCUAAAACGAGAGAGGACUUCAUACCAUCAAAACACUUUUUGCCGAUACACGAUUACACCGAUAGCUCUGUAAAUAACUUUGCUAGCCUUACCUCUAUUAAAGCUGGUGAGAACGUCUCUGAAAUCAGUAGUUCCAAGAAGGGACUUUCAUCCGUGUUUGAAUCAAACACCAACCAUGAAACCACCCAGUUCAAUGUUGAUGCACUUGAUAAUAAAGGGAGCUCAGGGGAGAUUGAAACACAGUUAAACUCUGAAACCCAUAUUUCUUCUGUUGACAAUGCAGAUUUGGUAUCAAGAGGCCAGGAUCAAAUGGUUAGCACUUGUAAUGGUGAGAAAAUACACAGUCUAGAAAAUCUAACCAAUGGGUUUACAGUGGUAGAUCCUGCUAACCCUCAGGGAUUACAAAAUAUGGACAGUAUGGGGCACUCAAAGGGAUUUAAGUCUGUUAGUUCUCAUAGUACAGAUUUAAGCAUAGAUUUUUCACCACCCAGCCCUGGUGAUGGUUUUGCAGACUUUGCCACGUUUUCAAGUAAAGACACUGUAGACUUGGGUGUUACAGAGCAGCAAGCACAUAUGGAUUUGCAUGAAGAACAGACUCCAAGUAUUCAGCUUAAUACUAAAUUGAGUAGAUAUGAAGAUGAAAUCAUCUCUGCUCCGACGGAAGUACUUAAUGAAUCUGCCUGUCAAGACAGAAUGAACUUUGAUGAUGUAUCAUCUGCCAAUCCUCAUUUAGAACAGGAUACACUAACAUUUGGCAGUGUUCCACCUCCUGAUUCUAUGGCACCUGAAACUAGUAUAUCUGAUAGUAUGCACCUAAUGGAUACCAAAAACAACUCCUGAACUUACACUAAGUUAUAAUGAGGAUGUGUUACAGAGUUUUGAUGGUGAUGGUUCUUUAGCACAUGAAAAUUCACUGGAUAGAAAAGAGUUGGUGCUCGAUUUAAAUAAAGAAAGUGAGAAUAUCAAUAUUGGGAAUAUUUCUCAUGAUCAACCAGAGUACGAUAGUUCGUUUGGAGAUUUUAAUGCUGCUACUGAAGAAUCACCUCCACCUUUGACAGACACAAGUGAGUCAAGUAAUUCGCACUUUCAUGCACCUUUAGACUUGGAUAUGAAUGAGUUGGAGGAUGAUUUUGGUGACUUUAAAGAUACAAACAUUGGCCCUUUUCAUGAAGAACAGAUAGUAAAUUCAGAAAAACUGUCAUUGCCCAGUGUUGCUGAAGAACAAUCUCAGCCAAAGCCCAGUGAGGAAACUGAUGAAUUCAGUGAUUUUGGUCAUUUUGUUUCUUUAGAGAAAAAAGAAGAAUGGAGUACUGUGCAAGACUCUAAUGAUUUUGCUGACUUUGGUACAGCAGGCAGUUCUACACAGCCUCCAGAAUGGAAUGCAUUUGAGGAUGACCAAGGAAAAAGUUCAUCAUGGGCUGCAUUUGAAGAUCAGAAAACCGAUUCCCAGGCCAAGCCUGAUGACUGGCAGUCCUUUAGGACAGAUAUGCCCUCUAGUACUGAUAGUCAGGUCAUACAUUCAGAAAAUGUUGACUUGCCUGCAUUUCAUGACUCCGAGUCAAAUUUAGUUUGUGAAGAUUCAACACUUGCCUUCCAGCAUUCGUUAUUGGGCCGUCUCGAGCGGAUCAUCCAGGCCUCUUUUCCUCUUCCUUCUGUUGCUGAUAUAGAAGAAAGCAUAUCACCUCUGGAUCUUCUGCUAUGCACAGAGCAACAAGGGGAAACCUCAAAACCUCAGUCCAGCACCAGGUUGCACAUUAAAGUGCUAGACAUAUGGGCUGAGCUGCAGGAUAUCCAUGAUGCCUUCGGACUGAAGUACCAGUGGGGAGGUUCACAUAGCAACAAAAAGCUCCUGUGCUCCCUUGGAAUCGACACAAGGAACAUACUAUUUACAGGUAAUAAGAAGCAACCCGUCAUAGUUCCCAUGUAUGCAGCUGGUCUGGGUAUGCUGGAGCCAACAAAAGAGCCCCUUAAGCCUUUAUCUGCUGCAGAGAAAAUUGCCUCAAUUGGACAGUCUUCUCAUCUUUCUCCAGAGGACAUUUCUUCUUCUGAUCAGUUGCAGGAAUCCCUCCCACCUGUCCAGUUUGACUGGAGUAGCAGUGGCCUUACCAACCCCUUAGAUGCUAGUGGAGGUUCCACUCUUCUGAAUCUUGAUUUCUUUGGGCCCGUGGAUGACAGUGGCUUUAACAGCACCACCACUCUCCCAGGUGUGGAUCCCGAAUUAUAUGCGUUGACAACCUCAAAAGUGGAAUGCUCAAGUGCCACAAACAAAGUGACGGACGCAUUUGCAAGACUUAUGUCUACAGCAGAGACAACGAGCACGUCUGCAAGGAAACCUCGGAAAGAUGAGAAUCUAAGCGAAGAGGCUGCCAAAGUCAUAGCCAGCCUUCCUGACCUGUCUUUCAUGCAUGCCAAGGUGUUGAUGUUCCCUGUCUCAUUAACACCUUCAACAAAUUCUCAAGACAAGGUAGACUGA